ACACACAUAUACACAUUCCAUGGAAACUCUUUUUCUUGUAGCUAGUCUCCUAAUUCUGGCUCUCUCCUCUUCCUCUUUCACACGAGGGCAAAGAAUCGUACAGAUUCCACCACCGCGUCCAUUAUGCGCCUCUCAAUACGCGCUGGCUAACUACGCCUGCUCUCGUCUCCCUAUGAACACCGUCCCACCUCCUUCCCCCAUUGCCCCACCUCCUCCUCCCAUCUUUCCUCCUCCUCCUCCCCCUGACCAUGACCAUGACCAUGAUGAUGACCACGACGAUGAUGAUGAUGACCACGACGAUGAUCACGACCAUGACGAUGAUCACCAUGACCAUGACGAUGAUCACCAUGACCAUGACGACGAUGACCACGACCAUGAUCACGAUGACCAUGACCAUCAUCGCAACCGCGACCAUGACCAUGAUCAUGAUCAUAACCGCGACCACGACCAUGAUCAUGAUCAUAACCGCGACCACGACCAUGAUCACAACAACCAUGAUCAUGAUCACAACAACCAUGAUCAUGAUCACGAUGACGAUGACCAUGAACACCACAACAAUAACGACAACAGCCACAGACGCCACCAUCGGCGCCGCCACCACCACCAUCAUCAUCACAGACACAGAGAGGAGACGUAUGCAGAGCAAGAGUGCUGCAAGUGGUUGAAGCAAAUGGACAACGAGUGCGUGUGCGACCUUCUGGUUAGGCUGCCGCCAUUGCUAGCGAAACCUGCUCAUAACUAUACAGUCUUUGUGGAUGAGUCCUGCAUUGUCACUUUCACCUGUGGAGGCAGACUCAUUCACUGAUCAUACUCUUUCACUCUCAUUGUCGGCUUCUUCUUCAAAUAUCCUUUUGUUUAUCGUCUUUUCUUUAGCGCGUAAUACAAACAAAAAUUCCUUUA